AAGCGGAGAUUCGAGUGUACAUCUAUCCUCGCAUCUAUCAUAACAUGAGUUGAGGAGCUGAUAAAAUUGACACCCAUUAUCUUCGAUACCUAGAUGACCGUAUUUAUGAACUAGGUAUAAAAUUAACUCAGCAUCCCAUUGAUAACGACAGUACACGGAGACGUUCGAAGCAUACUAAACCUCCAUUGUUAGUGAUGUUUAGUAAAACCAAGUGAAAUGGCAAAACUCUCCACUAUAGAAUCCUUGUUGAUUCCUGUGCUCUUUGUGGCAAUUGCUACCGCAACCAACUACAAACUGCAGUUUCAGGCAUCGGACACUGAAGUCACCAUCAACCCCACCAGACAAACGCUAACAGUACAGCGCAAUGGAAAGGUUGUUCAAGACGUCCUAAUGGACCGAGACAUUCAGUCGGCAAACGAGUAUGAAGAAACACUUGGUGGAUUUGUGUUGCGUAACCGACGUGGAGAGGAAUUCGAGUUCACCAAAGAUGUAGACCAGCCGGGACUGUCGUUGCUUACCGUUGCCAGAAGAAGCCGACACCGUUCGCGGAUGGUAUCCGAUUGUGUGAAACUUCGCGGGUCCAACUGGUUCGGAGGACCAGAACAGAAGAAUCAAUACUGGCCGAUUCAGAAGCUACACCUGCAGGACUAUUCCUACCUGUCCAAACAGGUGGACAACUGCGCAGUUGCCGAACGGUACUGGUUGAACUCGCGGGGGUCGUUCGUUUUCGUGGAUGACGAAUCUCCGCUGUUCUUGGAUCAGAACUCCCGCAUGCCGGGUUACAUGUGCCUGGAAGCGAAGAAGUCGCUGCCUUACGAUACGUACGACGAGACGUACUCGUUCGUCUACCAAAUCGGAGUCGGCGUAGAUGCCAGGGAAGCUCAUCUGGGUGCAGUGCAGAACGUUCUUGGAAAGCCCACCGGACAUCCGGCGGAGGAGAUGGUCAAGUAUCCGAUUUGGUCUACCUGGGCACGCUACAAAAGAGACAUUAACGAGGCGGUAGUCUUGAACCACGCCGAUGAUAUUGUCAAGAAUGGGUGGGCGAAUUCCCAGUUUGAAAUUGACGACUUCUGGGAGACAUGCUACGGAUCGUUGACAAUCAACACUACAAAGUUUCCGAACAUGAAGCAAACCGUGGCGGACAUCAAGGCUAAAGGAUUGCCCCGAGUCACCUUGUGGGUCCACCCCUUCAUCAAUAAGGUUUGCGAACCCUUCUACUCCGAAGCCAAGGAACGCGGAUAUCUGGUUACGGAUCAUAACGGGAACUCGGAUCACUGGUGGUGGAACAGUGGGAUGAACGAAUCUGUUUCCAUAGAUUUCACGAAUCCGGAAGCGGCCGAGUGGUUCUCUCAACGUCUACGAAACAUCCAGGAGCAGUACGGAAUCGACAGUUUCAAGUUCGAUGCCGGCGAGACCGAUUGGAUUCCAAUGGAUCCCGUUCUCAACGGUCCUCGUUCCAAGCAUCCCACCCUGUAUACAAACGACUUUCUACGAACUGUCGCCAAGUUCGGAAACCUGAUUGAAGUUCGCUCAUCGCAUCGUACCCAAGAUCUUCCGGUGUUCGUGCGGAUGCUGGACAAGGAUACCGAGUGGCACGGUACCAAUGGACUGCCCACGUUGAUCACCACACUGCUGCAGAUGAACAUGGCCGGGCAUCCGUUGGUUCUGCCGGAUAUGGUCGGUGGCAAUGGGUACGAUCCGGGGGUAGCCGACGGCAACAAUCCACCUAGCAAAGAGCUCUUCAUUCGGUGGCUGCAGGCGAACGUGUUCAUGCCAAGCAUCCAGUUCUCGUACGUUCCGUUCGAUUUCGACGAGGAAACGAUAAGAAUUUCCAAGGAGAUGACCGACCUUCACGAGAAGUACAGCCCGCUGAUCAUGGAGCGUUUCAGGGCGGCCGUUUCCGGUGGGUACCCGGUGAAUCCGCCCGUUUGGUGGGUGUCUCCUGAGGAUACGGUGGCUCAGGCUAUUGACGAUCAAUUCCUUUUGGGUGAUGACGUGAUUGCAGCACCGGUCAUUGUGGAAAACGCACGGAUCAGAGAUAUCUAUCUUCCCGAAGGCGAAUGGGUCGAUGGGAAUUUGGGUACGGUUUACGAAGGUCCGGUAUGGCUUCGAGACUAUGAAGCUCCUUUGAACGUGCUGCCUUAUUUUGUAAGGAAAUCUACGUAUCAGAGAUUAUAACUGGUAAUCGAAUGGUUGUAGGGUUAAUUUUAAGUUUUUCGGCUACGCAGUCUUUAAAAACUAACGACGUUUGUUGUUAUCCCAACGUUUCGACGCUUGGUGGGCGUCUUCCUCAGGGGGUAAAUUCUAAUAAAUAAACAAUCACAUUUGGUAUGAACUUGCUC